UCUACCAUUCCACACCUAAUGAUACCAUCUACUGCACAAGCUACUUUAACUAGUAUUCUGUUAUCUGGAGUGCCCAGUUACAGCCAGAACACUCCCUCACCACCACCAGGCUUGACUCCUGUUGAAGUUCAUGUCAACGGCUUGCAGCCAGAGAAUAAAAAAGGAUCCCCUUCUUUAAACGGUCACGUCAAGACAUCAAAUAUCAAGUAUGCUGCACUGUCUGCCACAUCGCUGGGAGAAAAUGUGUUGAGCACAAGCCACAGCGAUCCAUCAAGGCAGACAAGUACUCAUGGUGCCUCUGAACAAGUAACAGCCAAGUCAAAUAGUGCAGAAGGUUGCAAUGAUGCUUUUGUAGAAGUGGGCAUGCCGAGAAGUCCGUCCCAUUCAGCAAACACCAGUGACCUGAAGCAGAUGAUGAGCGCUUCCAAACAAGCCUGUGCUAAGAGGCAAACAGUGGAGCUGUUGCAAGGCACCAAAAACUCUCACUUACACACCGCCGAGCGGCUGCUCUCGGAGGCAGAGCUGGGCGCUCCGGAGAGCCCCGUGGCCGACAAGAAGGCUCCCGGGAGCGAGCGCGCGGCGGAGCGCGCCGCGGCAGCCCAGCAGAACUCGGAGCGCGCGCGCCUCGCGCCGCAGCCCUCCUACGUCAACAUGCAGGCAUUUGACUAUGAACAGAAGAAGCUACUAGCAACCAAAGCUAUGUUAAAGAAGCCAGUUGUAACAGAAGUGAGAACUCCAACAAAUACAUGGAGUGGAUUGGGGUUCUCAAAAUCUAUGCCUGCAGAAACAAUCAAGGAACUAAGAAGAGCUAAUCAUGUAUCAUACAAACCAUCUAUGACAACUACAUAUGAGGGUUCAUCAAUGUCUCUCUCACGGUCCAACAGUCGGGAGCACCUGGGAAGUGCCAGUGAAUCUGAUAACUGGAGAGACCACAACGGGCUUGGACCCACGGCUCACAAUGACUUUGUGUCCUCAAUAGGCAGUCCCAAACGGAAACAAAAUAAAUCAGCUGAACACUAUCUCAGUAGCAGUAAUUACAUGGACUGCAUUUCCUCGCUGACAGGAAGCAAUGGCUGUAAUCUGAACAGCUUGUUUAAGGGAUCUGAUCUGCCUGAGCUGUUCAGCAAACUUGGUUUGGGCAAAUACACAGAUGUUUUCCAACAGCAAGAGAUUGAUCUGCAGACAUUCCUUACUCUUACUGAUCAAGAUUUGAAAGAGCUAGGAAUUACCACAUUUGGUGCCAGAAGAAAAAUGCUGCUUGCAAUCUCAGAACUGAAUAAAAACCGCAGAAAGCUCUUUGACCCAUCCAACAUCCGUGCCUCCUUCCUGGAAGGUGGAGCUAGUGGGAGACUGCCACGUCAGUAUCACGCGGACAUUGCUAGCGUCAGCGGUCGCUGGUAGCAGUAAGUUGUGACUCCAAGUCAACUGUAAAGAUGGACAUGGCAAUCCUGUGGACAGCUUUCACUGCACACCACCCUCUGCACUUUGGGAGUUUGGUAUCAAGGACCAAAGCGUUUUUGUCUGCACAAUACUGUGCCAAAAAGAGAAAACACAUUUUGCUGUUGUCUUUCAAAACACCAAAUGUGGGUUAUGUUUUACUCAUGUAGAUUGGACAGAAUUUGCAAUAAUAAUAAUAUAGGGAUCUUUGUUUAGUAUUUUAUUACCCAUAACUAUAAUGUAUGCACUGAAUUUUUACUUUGUUGAAUGAAGGAAGAAUGAAAAGCUGGGAUGCCAGACAGCAGAGAUUUUGGUUUUAUUGAGAUGGAUUUUUCUGGUACUGCUUAAGAUAAUUAUUGAGGUCUUUCUGCACUUUACAUGUUCUGAUUUCUUGUCCUGUGGAAAUUUACUUCUCUUUCAUUUCCAUAUCAAUUGCUAUAUUAGCACUAAUUAAAAACUUUCAGAUGUUCUUGCUUUAGGUUGCAUCUCACUAUAAUGGUACUAGUAACUGAUUCUUAUGCAUUCUU